CGACACCCCUUCCCAGAACCACGACAUAGCGCUUGUGCAAGGCGAAGGCUCUGGCCCGAUUUCAGCCCGUUCCUCUGCCACUUCUGACACCGAAUCAUUUAUUCUUCCUUCCCCCAGCAAGUCACGGUCAUCCAAGAACAUGAAGAAGCUGUCCCUAACACUCCCGUCCGCCCAAUCCUCCACAAACUCCCUCGGGCUCCCAACCGAGCUACCAGAGCCAAGACGACGACUUUCUGUCGUCUCUCUCCCCGCUCCUACCACUUCUACACUUCUCCGCAGAAGGGGUGAAGAGGACCAAGGGGCGGAUAGCGCAUCGUACGCAGAUGGCCCAGUGCAGGUCAUUCCAGGCAUUUGGCUUGGUUCAGAGGACAAUGUCCGCGACUGGCGAGGACACAUUCAUCGUGGCAUCAGGUCAAUUCUCAAUGUUGCCAAAGAGGUUUCUACUGUAUUUGAUCUGGCUCGGCCACUGCGUCCAGCCAUGUCGACUUCAGAUCUGAAGGCUGGAGCGAAUGGUAUGGACCCCACAUAUUACCCUGCCAAUGUUUCUAGUGGGCGGCCAGCCAUGCAUUAUCUCAAGCUGCCCUGGUCGCAUGGCCAAGCGGAUCUCGUACAUGAGGGCUUUCCCGCUGCCAUGGCGUUUGUGGACCAAGCCCUUGAGCGUGGAGAUGGCGUGCUCAUUCACUGUCAAUGUGGAGUUUCGCGCUCAGCGACACUAGUAAUUGCCUUAGUCAUGCGGGCUGCAGCCCAACGUUCGCCCAACGUGCCUUCAGAAGUGUGGAGUCUGAAGGGCAUGCAAGGCGCUUAUUCCUUCGUUAAGGAAAAAAGCAAUGCAAUCGGACCUAAUAUGUCCCUUAUUUAUCAGCUGUUAGACUAUGAGAGGGCUCUCAAGCCUGAUGACAGCUCCCCCAACUCGUCGGAUCAAUCACCGUCCGAGGAAGAAUGGGGGAGACGGCGUAUGGUCAUGGAAGAGACGUCCCCUAACAAUGAUAGGGAAAGCGUGGAGAUCAUGCGUGAGGCCAGAGCACUUGAUCAGGCCAUGGAAGACCGUCUGGUCGCACGGAUGUCUUCUGCGUCGUCCCUAAGCUCUUUCAGUGGAGCCUCUCGAAGAUCUCGGUUGGGACGGAAACGGACCGGAUCCAUAGCCAGCGUCAUGACGGGGACGAGUCUAUUGAGCGAAGAGCUCGUCGAAGAGGACGAGGAGCAAGAGUUGCUUGGGGUGGGUGGCGGCUUCGACGGCACGAGCGUUGAAGCCAGCUGCUCAAGCGCAGAGCCAACAGAAGACGAGGCAAGCAGCACGUCACGCAUCUCGCCGGAUCCAUCUUUCCGUGGGCAGCUGCCGUCUACUGCACGACAACGUCUGGACGUCCGCAUGCCUCCUUCUGCCCCCCACGACAGGUCAUCGUUCCCUCUACCUCCGCCGCCGGCGACGGCAUUCAAGGCCUCGUUCGACAUUCCCUCUCGGCUAUCCAGAUUGCGUCGCCGACCCCCACCCAUUGGUAUCCUCCCUCCUGUUCCGUCCUCACCUGUCGUCCCUAUCAACGUUUCCGAGCCUGUCGACCCGGCGCCCGAGCCUGUAUUUCAGCGUCGUCCCCGCACGGCCGCACGGAAGCCUGAUCCUCCCUCUGCCAGCCUUCGCACACCAAGGAGGUCGCAGCCUAAGACGAGGCCUGUCUCCAUGGUUUCAACGCCGUCGCAGACGCUCUUCGUGUUCCCACCUUCGCCAACGCUGACCGCUCGCACGCCAUCUACGAUGACUCUGACGUCCAAUGCCUCAGUGCCUUUCCCAUCGCUGGCUACUCCGCGCGUCUCGACGUUCAAAGCGGAGGGUCGACGGCGCUCCUUCAUUGGCGUUCCGCCGCCCACAACGCCGACUGUCGCUUCUUCCCGUGUCGACGCUCGAGGCUGGUUCGGCACGGCACGUUGACAUAGGUGACAGGCCCUAUGUUGUAUGUUCUCGCAUGCUCGGUCCCGCACGGAUCAUCUCGUUCCUCGCACUUUAUCGCCGCAUUCUCGAUCACGCUUCGGACUUGUCCACUGUUUAUGUAGCCGCACACAUGAAUCCCGGAGUUUGGCGUUCAUGCUUUGCAGUAUCUUAUUGCGCAUCGCAUAAUUCUUCACGUACUUAUGAAGCCUGGACUUCGCAUUGCAUCUUUCGCGCUGUAUUAUAUCCGCACGUUUCCUCGUCUGGCUCGCUUGCAUUCUCGCAUCUUCGACUUUCGGUCCCCCGUGUCGUUAGUGUACGUACCGCAUUUUGGCCGCUCCGCAGAGCGGACGAUGAGCAAAACAAGUAAAUAGAACAGAUAUGU